CUAAGUAGGAAGAGUACUUUACUCUGUCGUGCACUGGACCAGAUCACCAGGAGGAACCUUCCCGCUCAAACAGACAAACCUUCUGCCAGAUCACUACAUGGUACUGGCUCAGUGCCAGUAACUGGCUCAGUAACUGGCAGGAUGCCAGGAGUUACUGGUUGUGUUAGGUGUAUGAGUGUAGAUGAGAGUGUAGAUGAUGAGGGUGUGGCUGCUCCUUUUGAGGAUGUCGAGGAGGAGGAGAGGGAGCACGAACUACUAGAAGUAUGUGAGAGUUGGGUACAUGACCUCUCCGGAACUAAACAGCACCUGGUCUCCCUCAACCCCCGGCUGUAUGGCCUCCCACCCCGACCUCACAUACUCGCCCCUAUCGUUCUCAGACAGCUCAAGUUGAAGCUACAGGACGAGCCCUAUGGUUCUGAGGAAAACAACUUUAUAAAUUUCGACCGCCACUCCGACAGACUGUAUGCUGACAAACCCCACUUGAAACCCUGGAUAAAACAGGGCGUUUCCUGGAACCCUGUCUCAUACACCAACCCUACUAAGAUACAGUGCACUUCUACCUCUCACAUGCCAGUACCGCACUAUCAAGGAAUGGUACCCAAGAAGCUACGUGAGGUUGGACUCAGGGCUCUGUUAUCUAUAAAAUACAGAUACGAUAAACUACACAUUGUGGAGGACCUGUCUACACCAGAUAGCUACGUAGAGCCCUCAGAUUUCAGACAAAUAUUGGACGACAGUGGGUUUUCUUCUGUUCUUAUGAUUACUGGACGCCAUAUAACGCCUCACUUCAAGUCCUCUUCUUGGAAGAGGAAAGAACCGUUCCCGGCCAAAUAUCCUGGCACUCAGAGACUUUGGAAAACUGCGUCCAAUACAAUCGGCUGUGAGAUGCGGGAAGUUGAGGGACUGGAUGUUUGGUCGGCGUUACUUUACGAUACUCUCAUUCUAGACUUGUCAGCUGUAGAGAAACUAGACGAGCUGAUCUCAACCGAGGGGUUCCAGACUGCGAACAUAAGUCUGAGGAACACCCUGAAGAAUUUGGAAGUGGGGAGUAAUUUUGGUCCUAGCAAGGAUAGACACAAAGUUGUCAGGGUUGUUAAUCUCGAUAAUUUGUGACGAGAGUUCUUGACGUGGACCCUUGUAUAUAUUUUAGGGCAUUAUCCUUACGUUGAGCAUUUUAAGGUUACUGAUGCUAAUCUAUUUGAUGAAUGAUAACCACGUGGCAUUUGGAGUGUUAAGCGUUUUAAGGAAGCUGUGGUAAUUUAUUGGGGCAGGUUAUUUUUCUAUAGAAACUUUGUAAGAAUUUUAUCUUAUUUUGAUUUUUAUGACAAAACAGUAUUAAAUUGUUUCGAACAAAUCUUCAAAACUCGAUUAC